CAGCGAUCGCGACUCCACGGCGGUUCCAGGCGACCCAUAAAGAGCCAGACUCUGUUCCCAGCGGAGCUGUGGAGCCGGAAAGAGGGCUCGGGUCGGGUGGCCCUGGGUCUUCCUCGGUUCUUUCCAGACCCGCUUUCCCAGGCUGGAGGAGCUCCAGGGCUCAAGACCCUCUGCCGUUUUCCUCGUAGCCCAGAAUGGGGAUGCCUUCGUUGCUGCUCUGUGGCGUGUCUAUCGCACUUCCUCUUUUUGUUACAGCAGAUGAGUGCAAGGAGAUUGAAAUGUACAAUGAGACUAUUUCCGAGUCCCAGCCUUUUGCUUUCAACUGCACAUACACUCUACUGACAAACAUGGCAGUAAAUCUGACUUGGUAUAAAACUUUUAGUAAAAUCCCAGUAACCAAAAACAGACAGUCAAGAAUUCACCAGGACCAGACCUGGAUUUUGUUUCUUCCCUUGGCACAGGAGGACUCAGAAAUCUACCAGUGUGUUAUAAGGAAUACUGAUGGCUGUUACAGUUUACCUGUAAACCUAACUGUUUAUAAAAAACAUUCAUGUGGCUCUUCCAUAAGGAGUCCAAUGAAUUCCUUAGAUGAUUACCAACAGAUAUUACCUAUUGGAAAGUCUGGCAGUCUGAACUGUCCCCUGUAUUUCCCAGAGAGUUGUAUUUUGGAUUCGAUAAAAUGGUAUAAGGACUGUGAAGAGAUUAAAAUGGGGAAGCAGUUUGCCCCUUCAGGAACGAAGCUUCUUGUGGACAAUGUUUCUGCAGAGGACCAUGGGAACUAUGCAUGCACUGCCAGACUGACACACAUAGGGAGACAGUUCACAGUUAGAAAGAGCAUUUCUGUGAACACCAAAGAAGUUGGAUAUGGAGGAAGGAUCCCUAAUAUCACCUACCCAAAAAACAAUUCCAUCGAAGUUCAACUUGGUUCCACCCUCAUCGUGGACUGCAAUAUAACAGAUGUGAAGGAGAAUAGCAACCUGCGGUGCUGGAGAGCACACGGCACACUGGUGGAUGAGUAUUACAAGGACAGCAAACGCAUCAGGGAAGGAAUCGAAACGAAUGUUUCUUUGAAGGACAACAUUUUUUACACAAUGAACAUAACGUUCUCAGAAGUGAAAAUGGAAGACUAUGGCCUGCCUUUCAUGUGUCACGCUGGAGUGUCUGCAGCGUAUAUCAUUCUGACACUCCCAGCUCCAGAUUUCCGAGCUUAUUUGAUAGGUGGAGUCUUUGCUUUGUUACUUUUGGUCCUGUCUAUUCUGUGCAUCUACAACAGUUUUAAGAUUGACAUUAUACUUUGGUAUCGAAGUGCCUUCUAUUCUACCCAGACUAUAGACGAUGAGAAAGUGUAUGAUGCCUAUGUCUUAUACCCGAAAUGUCCAAGAGAAAGCCAGGGCCAUGAUGUGGACACACUGGUGUUAAAACUUCUGCCUGAGGUGCUGGAGAAGCAGUGUGGAUAUAAGUUAUUUAUUUUUGGCAGGGAUGAAUUUCCUGGACAAGCUGUGGCCAAUGUCAUUGAUGAAAACAUUAAGCUCUGCAGGAGGCUGAUUGUCAUUGUAGCCCCUGAAUCGUCCGGCUUUAGCCUGCUAAAGAACAUGUCAGAAGAACAAAUUGCUGUCUACAAUGCCCUCAUCCAGGAUGGCAUGAAAGUCAUUCUGAUUGAGCUGGAGAAAAUUAAGGACUAUAGCACCAUGCCCGAGUCGAUUCAGUACAUUCGACAGAAGCAUGGGGCCAUCCGGUGGAGUGGGGACUUUGCAGAGCAGUCACAGUGUGCCAAGACCAAGUUCUGGAAAAAUGUGAGAUACCGUAUGCCACCCAGAAGGUAUCCACCAUCUUCCCCUGUCCAGCUACUGAAACACACCCUGCAGUUGCAUGGCAGGCAAGUGGGAUGUUGACAUGGGGUUCGUCACCCGCUGACAGGCAGCUGUUGCCAUGUGGUGGCUCACAGCUACAUGAGGACACAGUGUUGGUCUGUCUGCCUCUGUAGUUUCCUUUCUGUACGUGUGCUUGUUCUUGUUAUUUGGGGGGUUGCUUUUGAUCAGAGCUACUUCUUCAGGCAAAAUGUAUCACCCUUGUUAGCUUCACAGCUCCUGAACACGGGGUGGCAUUGACAUUGGCACUCCAGGGGAGUGGGAUACAGAGGGUUGUUGAGGUGACAGUUCAGCUGGUCAGGAUAUUUGGCCCAUGUCUGAGAUGAGAGGCUGGUCAGUCUUGGGAUGCCAGGUGGGCAACCCUGGGGAAGGCUGGCAAGGAGAAUAGCCCAUUGUCUGUGUCUGUCCAGUGUUGAGGUGAAGCAUCAACUCGAUCACUUGGUCACUGAGCAGAGCAGUGCCGAGUGACUCCAGUUCCUGGACACCUUCACCAUCAACCAGCAGGGCGAGCUAAAGGAUUAAUGACCAUUCAAAAAUAAAGCAAAAAGUGUACUCACGACCUUGCCAGUACUAAAGAAACAUCUAAGCAAUAAAGUGGAAGAGAUGAACCAAGAUUUGGACAUUAGAAUGUUACUGCUAUUCUCUAAGAAACCAACAUCUUCAGAGGGAACGCACCAGCAAGUGUCCAUCAGGCUGUGUCCCAGGAACCUACACAGGUACAGGAGAGUGCUCUUCCCAGUUUCAGUGACCACUAACUUUAUUUUUUUUCCUAGUUUUUACUGUUUUGGUAAUAUGAACCAAAAGAAGAAAUAUUAAUACCACAUGGGGAUUUCCCCCAACCAAAGAAAUCUGAAAUAUAUAGUGAAUGCUCUUUUUUUCCCUUUGUUGUUCAUUUUGGAUGCUGGUGCUAAACUUCCAAGCAUCAUGAUUUAAAAGAAAUUGUAUAUCUUUAUUUAUUUCUAGGAUGAGGGGAGGAUGACAUUUUUGCUUUCUAUGUAACUCUCUUUGAAAAUGUGUAGUACUAAGUUCCUCAAAAAUAAAAAUUUU